AUGGCUGAAGUUAAGAGACUCCCGCAGGCGCUGAGUCACAGUGGAACUGAGCUGCCGGCGAGAUCAUGGCCGGGAGAGCAUUAUGGGCCAAGGAGCUACAAGAGUGAGAAAAAUUUGACUGUGGUUACAGAGUUUUUCCUCUUAGGAUUUCAAGGCAGCCAAGUAUUGAUACAUUUUCUAUUCCUUCUGUUCCUUGUUGUUUAUGGUGCCACAAUAUGUGGGAAUCUCCUGAUUAUCACCCUGGUGUCCACCAGCAAGAACCUCCACACUCCAAUGUACUUCUUCAUUGCUCAACUGUCCAUCAGUGAUAUCUUAUUAACUACAGAUAUUGUCCCCAACCUGCUCCACAUCCUACUGAAUAAUGGGGGAACCAUCACUUUUUCUGGCUGCAUCAUUCAGUUUUAUGUCUUCUGUAGCUCAGAAGUAUUUGAAUGUUGUCUUCUCGCUGUCAUGUCUUAUGACAGAUAUGUAGCCAUCUGUAUUCCUCUUCAUUAUAAUGCUAUCAUGACAAGUACAUAUCAUAUGAGAUUAAUUGUCAGCUGCUGGUUGUCAGGUUUUUCCACUGGAAUAGUUGACAUUCUAAUGAUACUGAUGUUAACAUUUUGUGGUCCAAAUAUCAUUGACCAUUUCUUUUGUGACCUUGUUUCAUUGAAAGAAAUUGCCUGUUUUGAUACCUACUUUGUUCAACUUGAACUCUCCUUAUUAAGUAUACCAACAUUUAUCAUCCUGACCAUAAUAAUUGUUCUGUCUUAUACUAAAAUUAUUUCUGUCAUCUUAAGGAUUCCUUCCAGUACUGGUAGACAGAAAGCCUUCUCCACCUGUAGCUCCCACCUUCUUGUGGUCUCCAUAUUCUACUUUACUUUGAUCACAGUUUAUAUUGUUCCAACAAGAGGACAAACAUCAAUCAUCAGUAAAAUCCUCUCUCUGCUAUAUACUGUGUUUAUCCCAUUGUUUAACCCCAUUAUAUACAGUCUGAGAAAUAAAGACAUUAAGAAAGCUGUAGAGGAAACAUUUUAUAAAUAUGUCAUAUGUGUCACGUGUCUAUAA